GGGGGGGUUGGACGUGCGGAUCCUCGCUGUUGAUUGGUGGUCUGCGGUCUUCUGUACUUCGCGACGGGCGGAUCCUCGGUAACGUUUACGGCGAUGGCGUCGGAGGGGAUGGACAUGCGUCAUGCGCUAUCGAAGGCGGAGAGGACUUCGGUGGCAGCGGCCGUGAGCGUCGUCCUCUUCCGGUGCCAAUUGGAGAGGGGCGAGGGGAGGAUGAGAGCGGCCAUUCGCGCGCGGCGGAAAUGGACGCUGCAGUCGCCGUCUGUGGGGGGCGACGACAGCGCUGCCAUUUGCGACGCCGUGCUGCAGAUGUGCUGUGCCAUGGGGUGUGGAGCGUUCCCCAGAGCGACGCCCAGAUGGUGGAUGAAGCGACGUACAGGCGGCAUGUGGGAGGAUCUCUGGCUAUGCGACGACGCGAUGGCGGACUACUUCAGGGAGAAGCUACGAAUGUCGCCACGUGUAUUCCGACAGAUAACGGAAGCUUUGUCUCCCUUCCUUGAGCUACGUGUCACUUUCUACAGGGAGCCCCUCCAGCCAGACCAGAUUGUCGCCUACGCUUUGUACAGGUGGGCGUCGGGGGAGACAUACGAGAGCGGGACAUGCAACUUUGGCAUUGGCAGAUCUUCCGGGUUGGUGGCGGUGCGGGAUAAGGCGGUCGUCUUGCGCGCUUUCGCUGACAAGGGUUUCCCCAACUGCCAUGGGUGCAUCGACUGCACCCACAUCUUCAUCGACAAGCCUGCGAAUUGCCCCGGGGAGGACUACUACGAUAGGAAACGACGUUUCUCCGUGCAGGCACAGGUCGUCAUGGAUUUGAACUUGCGCAUGCUGGAUGUGUUCGUCGGUUACCCGGGAAGUUGCCACGACGUCAGGAUCGUCCAUCUGUCCAGUUUAUGGGCACGCGCCGAGGCGGGAGAGCUUUUCACCGGCCCACCUGUCAUGCUGCCUUUCGGUGUGCGAAUGGAUGAAUACCUGCUGGGGGACAACGGGUACCCGCCCUCCGAAUGGGUUGUCAUCCCUUACGGCGGUGUAUCCCAAAACCCUGUGGAGAUGCGCUUCGAUAACAAGCAGAAGAUGGCGAGGGGCGCAGUGGAGAGGGCUUUUGGCAGACUGAAGGGGAUGUGGAGGUUGUUCCUUCGAUCCCACAAGAUUAAUAUGGAGACGUUGCUGCAGCAGUUCGUCGCCGUCUGCAUUCUCCACAACAUACUCAUCGACGCGGGCAUCCCGUUCGACGACAAUCUGCUCUGGGAGGUCAGGCCGGAUGGUGUUCGAUGCAGGGUGGAUCUUGGGAUGGAUCGUCCUGUGAGGCAGAUGUGCAUGGAGUCCUCCACAGGGGAUGCCCUCAUUCUACGUGACACUAGCUGAGCAAAUGGCGGCAUAGUGAAGACGGCGAGGCGAGCGGAGGGAUCGGCCUUGAUGGCGUGGCUCAAGCGAU